AUGCAGGCCCCAGGAUCCGAGCAUGACGACUCUUUUGAUUUCCUGUUUAAGAUCAUCCUGAUCGGAGACUCUAACGUAGGGAAGACCUGUGUGGUUCAGAAUUUCAAGUCAGGGAUUUUCGCGGAGAGGCAGCAGAACACCAUCGGGGUGGACUUCACUGUACGAACCGUGGACAUCGAGGGGAAGAAAGUGAAGAUGCAAGUGUGGGACACGGCAGGCCAGGAGAGGUUUCGUACAAUCACCCAGAGCUACUACCGCAGUGCUCACGGCGCCAUGAUCACCUAUGACAUCACACGACACUCGACCUUUGACUCAGUGACCCACUGGAUCAAGGAGUUAGAGCUGUAUGGGGCAGCCAAUGUGGUGCUGGUCCUCAUAGGUAACAAAUGUGACCUGGAGCAGGAACGUCAGGUUAAAUUUGAGGAAGCCUGUAAACUGGCAAAGGAGAGAGGCAUACUAGCUGCUCUAGAAACAUCAGCAAAGGAGAGUAAGAAUGUGGAAGAAGCCUUCAUGAUGACGGCAAGGGAGCUGCUCUUUCGUAACGGCCUUAAUGUCCAGCAGGGGGACUUGGAGAGCACGCCUCGAGUUCUCCUCCGGGGCAACUCUCGGCCGGUUAAUGGCGUCGUAGCGGCCUACACACCACCAGAGAAGAAGUCAUGUUGCUGA